UGACCCCAAAUGCCUAUCCAGUGUAUUUAUUUGUUUAGGGGUCAUGUUACUUCACUGUCUGUACACCCUUCUGGAAAACUCGCACUCUCUGUCGGAACAGACAAGACUCUGCGAACAUGGAAUCUCAUUGAAGGACGUUCAGCUUUCAUCAAGAAUCUUAAACAGAAUGCAGAGAUCGUCUUGUGGUCACCAGACGGAGAUCAGUAUGCAGUGGUUGGGAAUGAUCGAGUGGACAUUUACAUUCUAAAAUCUGCCACAAUUACUGGAACCAUUGCAUUCACACAAAGGAUUUCAUGUGUGAAGUUCCUGAAGAACACACUCUUGGCUGUGGGAGGAGACGAUGAGAGCGUGCGUAUCUAUGAGAACAGAAUGCGUUGUAAAAUGAGUGAGAUGAGUGGGGAAGUCGUGGCCUAA